CAGCUUUCAGAGGAGAGUGUGUAAACACACACUGAGAGCAUCACUAAAGAAGUGCCCCAUCUUGCCAUUCAAGAACAUUAGGAAUAAGACAAAUGCACAAAAGAAUGACUUCACCUCAAACAUUGUCCUGGAUGUGUUUAGUCACCUUUGUUUUAUUGACUAAGCACACUUCACACUCAGUCACUCAGUCAGGCGUGCCAGUGGAUCCUCCAGAAAACAUAAAGGUCAUCGAUCCAGACCAUCUGGGAUAUUUAAGAGUUGAAUGGAGUCCGCCAAGCAGCUUGCAAGACGUCACGAACUGCAAUGUUCGUUACCAGCUCCGAUUUUAUGACGCAUACACGGGGAGAUGGAAGGGUGUGCGGACGUCCAAGCUAUCGUACAUGGCCCAGUUUAACCUGGAGAAACCCAUCCAGGUCCGGAUGCUGACCCUGCUGAAGGGACCAUGUACCAAUGGGACAGAAAUGACGGGAGAGGAAAUCGAGUUUGUGCAAACGCCCGAGCGCAAAGGUGUCGCUGGCUCAAGAAUAGAGGAUUUUCAGUGCAUUUAUUUUAACAAGGAAUACAUGGAAUGCACGUGGGAGCCUGGACCUGUUAAGCCACUCAACUCAAAAUACUACCUAUACUACUGGCACAGAGAAAAUAAAGAAACAAUGGAAUGUCCAGAGUAUGUCCUAACUGAUGAGCGCCGCCUGGGAUGUAGAUUCCCUCCCUGGUCUCUUAUGGAAUUUUCUGAAUUUAACAUUUGUGUGAAUGGCUCUUCUGAGCAGGGAGAUUUGGAACCGGCCUUCUUCUCCCUGGCAGUCCAAAACCAUGUCAAACCUGCAGCAGUAUCUGAAAUACAUAUAGCUUCUAAUGACACCCUGGUGCAUGUAGCGUGGGCCAAUCCAUCAGGUCCUGUUCCAGAGCAGUGUCUGGAGUACGAGCUUGAAAUAACCACAGUCAACCCCAACGGCAGCGAGAAACAGACAGCCGUGAUCGAGGAGACAGCAUUUGAUUACUCUCAGGAUCCUGAAACUGAAAGAAGCUGCUUCCGGGUCAGAUCUAAAAUCAAUAUUUACUGUGCCGAUGAUGGCUUCUGGAGCGAUUGGAGCCAAGUGAGAUGCAUUCCAGAGACAGAAAUAAUUUCUUGUGAAAGACCUAAUUCUCUCCUCCUGCUACUGUUCGCCAUUAUAUGCGGUAUCAUCGUUUUGGUCAGUACCACCUGCCUCAUACUAUGGAUGCUCAGGAAGAUGUGGAAGAACAGAAAUAAACAGAAGCAUGUUAUCCGUGAUCUGUACCAGAGGAAGGUGCUCCUUCCCAUAUUCAGCCCUGUGCCUUAAACACUCAUUUCAUCAGCCGGUUGGCUGGUGGACACUGCAGCAUAUACAAGUACAUUUGGAUUCUCUGUCAGUUCCCAACCAUCUGGUUACAGCACUGAAUGAUUCGAGUCUGGACAUUGGUUUUCUUAAGAUGCACAAUGGAAUAUUUUGUAUACAUCCUGCACUUUUUACAAAGACUGUAGUCACUCUCUCACAAAAAAAAAAAAAAAAAAUCACAAUAUCUGUGGCAGCAUAGCACUACCAAACAGUGUUUUCUUUCUGAAUGUAUUUUCUGUUUGUCAUUUUUAGUAAAAUAUUGUACAGAUGAAUUAAAAGUCACUCAGUAAAUGCCAGGAUUCUUGCCAACAUUUAAACAAUUAUACACUGUACAUUUUAUUGAUUAUAUUUUUUUUACCAUGUUAUUUUUUUUUAUGAAAGUUAUUGUCUAUUUCACUAACAACACUAUCAUUUCAAUAAUGUAUCCUUGUGAACAAAAAUUAGGUAAAUAUGUCGAAUUGUGUAUAUUGUGUUGAUGCGACGCAAUGUUUGUGUUCAUCUCCAAUAAUGGCAGCACCAGGCAAACAUAAGACUAUUAAAAAAUGCACAAGCCUUUCUGAGAGAAAUGUAGAUUUCGUGAUUAAAUAACACUGAACUUUGACUAGUGCGUCGUUACUUGUUGUCUUAGGACUAGAACAAGCUCCUUUCUAUAUAGAUUCUGUCAGCGGACGCAUGCCUCACAUAGCCACUGGACUUUCUUAUUAAUUCUUGACGUCAUUUUUAUUAUGCUGGGAAGUUUCUUUUUUUUUU